AUACAACAAAUCAAAGAACAAUAAUGAAGAUCACAUUAUUUCUAACAUUAUUGGUUGUCCUUGCCAUUGCCUUGAGCACAAAGCCACUUCCCGGGGCAGCUGCGUCUGCCCCGGAGCCAGUGCUGGACACCUCCGGCAAAAAGGUCCGAACUAAUGUCGCUUAUAAUGUUAUUCCUGCUUCGUACCCUUAUAACGGAGGUGUUUCCAUUGGCAGUGUUAAUCAAAGUUGUCCAUUUUACGUUGUAGGCGGAGAUUCUUCCAAUGGUCCCCUGCCAUUAUAUCUUUCACCCGUUAAUGAGAAGAAAGGCGUUAUUCGUGUUCACACUGAUCUCAAUAUUUACUUCUUGGACCCGGGAACCGAUGAAGUAUGUUCCGAUUCAUCGGUGUGGAUGCUUAAGGAUUAUGAUUCUUCGGCCACACAAAAGUUCGUGACCCUUGGUGGCGCAAUGGGAAAUCCUGGAAAGGAGACACUGGCGGAUUGGUUCAAGAUUGAGAAGUACGAGGAUGCAUAUAAAUUUUACUAUUGUCCCAAUGUGUAUUAUGAUGGAAGUUAUCCAUGCAGCGAUAUAGGGAUAUCUGAGGAUGAAUAUGGUAAUAAGCGUCUAACUCUCAGUGAUGUUCCAUACAAAGUUUGGUUCCAACAUGCAUGA